GACACAUUCCUAGAGGGAGCGCAGUAGGACAAGGUGCCCGGCCCAGGGCCUCUGCAGGGCCGCUCUGGAGCACCGCCCCCGCAGCCCGGCCCGGGCCACUGCUGGAGAGGGCGGAGCCUACAAAUCGAAAGAGAAAGCAGGCCCUGCGAGCCGGAGAGAGCCCUGCUCUGAACCCCCAUGAAGCCGCCAGGGCUGCCGUGGCUCUGGCUGUCCUUGGGCUGCAGCUGCUUCCUGGCCUCGGCUCAGCCCCGGGGAGCCCUCCUGGGCGCAGCAGCUGCAGCGAACGGGAGCCACCCCAGCCACGUCUCCCCGGAGCGCAGCGAGAAAGGCUCUGCAGCCUUCCGGGAAAGUCUUAAAAGACAUCACUACUUGAAUUCGUUUUCAUCCAGUGACAAUACUUCUGCCAUCUAUGGAAUAAAUCAGUUUUCUCAUUUGUUUCCGGAAGAGUUUAGAGCUAUCUAUUUGAGAAGCAAACCCUCCCAACUUCCAACAUAUGAUAAAGAUCUAAAGAUGCCAACCACACACAUGCCUUUGCCAAUAAGAUUUGACUGGAGGGAUAAACAUGUGGUAACAAAAGUCAGAAACCAACAGAUGUGUGGAGGAUGUUGGGCCUUCAGUGUUGUGGGUGGAAUCGAAUCUGCCUAUGCAAUCAAAGGAGAGUCUUUGGAAGACUUAAGUGUCCAGCAAGUCAUUGACUGUUCAUACAACAAUUUUGGAUGCAGUGGUGGGUCUACUGUUAAUGCCUUGAACUGGCUAAAUAAGACAAAGGUAAGACUGGUGAGAGAUUCAGAAUACUCUUUUAAAGCUCAAACUGGAUUAUGUCAUUACUUUUCUGGAUCACAUGUUGGUGUUUCCAUCAAAGGUUUCUCUUCCUAUGACUUCAGUGAUGAAGAGGAUGAAAUGGCCAAAAUACUUCUUGCCUAUGGCCCUUUAGCUGUGAUAGUGGAUGCAGUGAGCUGGCAAGAUUAUCUGGGAGGAAUAAUCCAGCAUCACUGUUCCAGUGGAGAAGCCAAUCACGCCGUUCUCAUAACUGGUUUUGACAAAACAGGGAAUACUCCUUAUUGGAUAGUAAGAAACUCAUGGGGUACUUCCUGGGGAGUAGAUGGCUAUGCCUUUGUUAAAAUGGGAGCUAAUAUUUGUGGUAUUGCCGAUUCGGUGUCUGCUGUGUUUGUGUGAUACAUGGGAGGAACACAAAAAUGAAAUCUUCACUCUCAGACAUUUUUGUCUUCAGAAAUCCUCAUCUAGUCCUGUUAACCAGCUACACGUGGACCUGGGCAAACUAGUUUUUAAAAACCCUGGUCUUUCAGGGAUUUUUUUUUCUAAGGAUCAGGAUACCCUGAAGUCAAAGGGAAAACACCAGGUUGUCAUGCUACCUGCUGCAGCCAGGUGGACGGCAGUCUCUGACAGCAUAUAGAUUCUGUGAAUCUCUUCAUUCUGUUUGACAAAUCAUUAUUUUGUGGUUUCUGUGACAAAUCAUUAUUUUGUGGUUUCUCUGUACAAGUCCAAGUGUUAAGCACUGAAGGUACAGAGAUGAAGAAAAAGGAGUUUACAGUCUAAUAAGAUAGAUGGGAUAUAUACAUGUACAGAAGUGUGAUUGGAAAUAGGUAGUGAUAAAGGUGUAAGAAUAGUCUAGAGUAAAAUGUUUUAAAAAUCAAGGAGGGGCAGCUAGGUGGUGCAGUGGAUAGAGCACCAGCUCUGGAUUCAGGAGGACCUGAGUUCAAAUCUGACCUCAGACAUUUAACACGAGCUGUGUGACCCUGGCCAAGUCACUUAACCCCCAUUGCCCCGCCAAAAAAAAAAAAAAGAAAAGAAAAAAAGUAAUGUCUCAUUAGAAGUGCCCCAAAUAUUUUUUUCUACAAAUUCAUAUCAGUCUUUAAUGCAGAAGAACUUUCUGAAAUGAGACUUUCUAAACAGCAAUAGCUCUCAACCAGAAGCAUAUUCUGGGACAAUCUAUCCUUUCCCUUUUAUGCUUCCUUAGAAAUAUUUUUCUUCCUUUAAUCUAAAAUCAUAAGGGUCAGGCAAUUCUCCUUUUCUUGCAUUAGUCAAAAGUGGCCUCAGAAGAAUGUGAAUAUUUGGUUAUCAGUAUGUCCUCAAGACUCAGAGAGGAGAAUCAUUAGACUUGGGAAAUGGUGUAUUAUGGGAAAAAUAGUUGGAACUUGUGCCAGGAGGUGUGUUCUAGACCCUGCCAGUAAAGAACUAUGACUUGUGAGCAAGUCACCCCAGUUUUCUCUUCUGCAAAUUGAAAGGUUUGGAUAAGCUCAGGGAUCUCCAAAUUAAGCUAAGGGAACUGUUGCAUGACCUUGUCUGUGAUUAAAUAGGCAGAGGGUGGGAAUAUAGUUGUCAAUCAAGAUUAUCCACUUCUCCCCACAUUCCUCUAUGCUCAUUCCCUGCCCCCUCCACCAAUCAGUUUGUUCUAGGAGCAGGCAUGCCUCAGACUGUGGGCUCUUUGCUUCAACCACUGACCAGUGAGUAAGAGUUCCUCCACCCCCACCCCUUUCAUUUUCAGUGGUGUACUGAAUCAUACAGGAUGAGCAGGCAUUGGUGGUGCACUGCAGAUCACAUUUCAUUAUUUCUUCCCUCCAGCCAAAUCCACUCCUUUUUGGAAGUCCUUGCCGUCAAAAGCACCGCGGUCCUCCCAGUCUCAUUCCAUUCAUUAUUCUCAUUGGUUCCAUAUAUCCAAGUAGUUGCCAAAUCUCGUCUUUUCUACCUCCAUCAUAUCAAAUGCAUUUCUUCCCUUUUCUCUACUUACAUAGCAACCACCCAAGUUUGGGCCAUCAUUACCUCUUGCCUAGAUUCUUACAACAGGUUCCUAAUAAAUCUCCCUGCCUCAAGUCUCUCUCCUCCAUAGAGUUGCAAAAGUAAUUUUCCUAAAGCACAGAUUUCACCAUAUCACUCCCCCUACCAAAAUUCCAAUAGUUCCCUCUUGACUUCAGAGUCAAAUUUUAAAAAGUCUUUCUCUCACACUUAAAAUUUCUACUUUUAUAUGUGUUUUAGAAAUUACAUAUUUUGUACAGCAGUCCACAUAUUGAGGGUUUGUGCUCAGUUUUUGUAUUAAAAGGGGUAUACUAUCCCAAAAGAUCAGGGACCACUAGACUACAUGAUUUCCAAGGUCCUUUCUCCCUCUAAAAUUCUGGGAUUUCUUGCUUUCUGAUCCAGCUCAGCAACACUAGGACGUAUGACUGACUCGUUAAUGUUUUAUUAUAACUUCUUUCUUGUUUUUAUGUACAUUUGUAAAGUUCUGGAUUUUUUUAAUUUUGGAGAUUAUUUUUAAGUAAGGAAAUACUUGGGAAUUUUCUUGGAGU